AUGGAGACACUAGAACGGCCGUGCAAACGGUGCGUGGCGCUGGGCAAGCCGGAGGACUGCGUCGAAUUGUACUCCACCCGGCGGCGCGGUAGACCGAAGCGGGCCACCGAGGAGCAGCAGCGACAGCUGGAGCAGCUGCAACGCGAGCUGUUGGAGCACCGGCAGUACAUGUUCGCACAGGACCAGGCCCGAGAACGAGGCUCCACAACGGUCGUGCUCGGCGGCCCAGUGUCGACAGGCACGUUUCGCGACAUUAAAGGCGAACAACAGUACACCCGAGAGGAAUCGGCCAUUUCUGUACCAGAGCGAGAAGAAGUCAGCUCGGGCGUGGCGGGUCAGCUGCUGGAAGAGUUCAGGAAGCUGAGCGGCGAGGUGCGAGAGAUGCGCCGGGAGAUUGCCCAGAGCCUGCACGAAACGCAGUUUUCCCUGAUCCUGCCCCUUAUUCCCACGCUCGACAAGGGUCCCUCGUCCCCACGCUCCGCCGUCCGCACCUCCUCCUCUUCCACCACCUCCUCGUCGUCUUCAUCGCCACAGACCUCGUCGUGCCCCUCCGCGCCGGUGCUCGACUCCCUCUACCCAGCCUCCCUAGAGCCCUAUGGCCACUCCUUCGCCGCCACCACCGCCACCUCGUCGACCCCAUCGGCGGCGGCGGCGGCGGCAGCGGCAGCGCCCGACGCGUCGCUGCAGGCCGUAACCACCUCCUCCUUCCUAUCUCAGCUGGCCACGUCAUCGGCCUAUCACUCCCCGCUCCCGCUGUCGACCCUCCUCUCUUCCAAUGUAUCGAUCUACGCCCAACAGCCGCCAACCCCGAGUGCGGCGCCCCUGACGCAGCAGCAGCCUACGGUGUCGACAACAACGCCGCCGUCGCGAGGGCCUUCGAGCCCGGUGGUCCAGCGGCAGCAGUUUGGCGUGCCGGGCGCCCCGACGCACGCGCAGGACAACAUCACGCUCUACCAGCAGGACGCCAUCCUCCCGCCCAAUCCCCAGCGGUACUCGCUCGACGGCUUCGGGGUAUCCCCGUCGGCCCGUAACGCGAUGCUGGCCUACCUGCCCUUCCUCAGCAAGUACAACAUCACCUCCUCCGAUGUGCCCUUCGUCGUCUCCGACCCCGAGAAACCGAUCGUGGCCUGCGCCAUGCACAAGCGGAAUGCCGGUGAUGAGCUGCGGCCUCGCAUCAACUUUGCCAACACCGCCUUUUGCGAUCUGUCGCAGUAUUCCAUCGACGAGCUUCUCGGGUACAGCAUACGCAAGUUUAUCCUCCUUGAGGAUGUCGACACGUGGCGGGACUUCCGCAAAGGUCUUCUCCCAUCGUUCAUCCCGCUCAGCCCGAUCCUCAACCUGCGGGCCCUAUCGAGGCGAAAGGACUCGUCGCUGCUUCGCAUCAACUCGCGCAUUCAGGUGUUCUACGACGAGCAGGGCUUCUCGGGGUACUACGUGCUGAUGGUGGAUGACUACGAGGUGCUGGGUACGAGUCCCCCUGCGAGUGAGACAGUGCAGCUGCCGGCCGACGAGCUGGACCGACAGCCACUCCCGGCCGCUUUGCCGCCGCGACGGCCAAAGCACCAGAAUCCUGGCAGCUGGUGA